GACUGCCCAUAGAGAACCUAUUUCACUGCUACUUCCUAAUUUGGAAUGGCUCCUGUCCCUUUCACGUGUAAAGGCAUUAGCCUGGGCGCUUAAACGGGGUUGGAAAUAUCUUGUUCCAAGGAUGGAUACGUAUGUUAAGACCCGUAUGGUAGGGAAGUUGGAACUAUGUGUCAACCGAGUCCCAACAGUAAGGCGAAGCACUAAGCAAAACCCCAGACAGAAAGAAAACCACCUCCCUUCAAGCUUCCCCACCACAACCUACACACCCACAACCUCGAACGCCUCCACCCAACCAUGCUUCUCCGAAGCAAGAGAAAAUACGACGGCAACGAAAUCUGCCUCACCAAACGCCAGCGCCUCACGCGCUCCCAGAACGCCGAGGAACACAACACUACAUCGCCCUUCUACCUCCUCCCCCGCGAGCUCAGAGACGAGAUCUACGAGCACGCAUGGGGAAAUGUCGGCAUCGUCUUCCAGUAUCGAGGCAUAUGGAGCGUAGCCGCUCCCAAGAAUGGCGAGGACUUCGCCAUCGGCCUACCCAAAUGGAUCCGCACGAGCAAACUCAUCCUCGACGAGGCAAUGCAAGCUUUCUCACGCACUCGCAUCUUCGGACCGCAGUUCCGCUACGGAGUACCUAGGUGCCUGAACGUAAGCUGGGGCCCACCAGCACCGCAGAAGGUGCACGAUAAGAAGCACACGCUGCUGAUGAGCGGGCGUAUAAGGAAGGUUGCUUGGGAUAUCUGCAUGGUGCUGGAUGGUAAACGGUCCGAGGGUGUGCUUCAAACAUCCCACGAUUCCGGUCUGUUCGCGGAGUCCCUGGCCACGCUGGACGUACGCAACAUACAUUUGCAACUGUUCUGGGACUACGACCGUACGCUAGGACGGCCUCGCGGCUCGCCUAAGAUGGAGGCGCUGUACGGUCGCUGCAGGAAAGCUUCCGUGCGGCUGCGGCUGGUUUACGCGAGUAGGAAUGCUGGGGGCCGGGAAAUGGAGAGCAUUCUGGAGGAGAUGGUGGAUGUGGCUGCACGCUAUGCGAAGGAUCUUGUUGGGGGAGAUGAUGUACGGCUUGAUACGGGGGUUCUGAUGGUGCGGAAGGAGGUUUCUAGGUUUGCUCCUGGGCUGAUCGUUUGUGAGAGGGUGGUGGUGGCUGAGAGGAGAGUCGGAGGCUAGCUUAUCCGGGAGGCGAAUGCGGAGCCUGCUUGAUGAGCAAAUCGGGAAGUUCGACGAGAAGGAAUAACCUAGGUGCCUUUACCCUCUGGGUUCUGCCGGGUCUACGCCUUCGGCUGCCAAGUGUCUGCGCUGCAGUACAGGCGAGCUUCAAAUCGCGCGUAAGGUGCCUUGUCUUGUAACUUCGCUAGGUCAGGUCGGUUUACAAUGCUUAGUCAUCACCCCUAAAUAUACCGCUUCUCUUUUCAAAAUAACAGUCCGUACAGCUACAUCCUCCCCCGCACACAUCGAGCAACAGCGAAAGAGGAUGAGGCUUAUCAAUUUCCAUGAACACCGCUCCCAUCCUAAUCAUACGCCAACAGUGCCAUACACACGAAACAUAGCCCAGU